CUUUUGACGUUUCACGCAUGAAAAUUUAACAGUCAUUAAUCUCAGCAAGAAUCACAAAAUUUUCGUAUAGUGUGAAAUAGAAAAUGCAAUGUAAGAAGAAAUACCAUCUAAUCACAUAAUUUCAUAUAUCAUGGAUCAUACCAUUCAUUGGGCUACCGUAGCAAAAUGCAGUCUCUGCGGAAAUAUUCCAGAGUGUGCACCAUUAUUUCAGUGUUCUUUACAACAUCCUUACUGUUAUGAUUGUCUUGCCGAUCUUAAGAAAAGAUAUAAAGGCUCAAUAAAAGGAGGUGCAACCUGUAUCAUUUGUAAACGAUCAGGAGUGUUUCAACCAAGUCCAAACAUAAACAAUCAUUUUUUAAAGAAAGUCAAAGCAAGACCUGGAAUUGGAAGGCACUGCAGAUACCACACCACACCCACUCCUGCUGUAAAUGGUAAUUGUUACGUGGAGAGAGCAAGAGAGAAGAACACACAUACAAACGAAGAAAGAAACAAAGCAGUAUCAGUCCGAAAGCCUCUUCCAUUUACCCCCUGAACAAAUAUCUAAGCUGAUCUUCAAAAACGGAUACGGAACGGGCAAAGGGCAGGAAGCAGUCAGUGAGCUUAGCAAACGCCUGGUGUUGACGCACAGCCUACAUUCAGUCAAGUCGACGCAAAUACGGGCGCCCAUAGGAUGUCCCCAUAAACCAUGCGGCAAGAUG